UGCGUGGAUCUCGUGGAGCUGCGUCAAGCGCGCCGCUGUAGGAGUGUUCGCCAACACCCCCCCUCCCCCCGCGCCUGCUGAGCCGUUGGAACAAUCCGCAUCGCAGGGUGUGGAUCCGGAGCCGGCCAGAGAGGCAAGCCAACAGGGAGUACUGAGGGAGAGGGGCGAACUGGAGGAGUUGAAAUUGCCCAGAAAGGAUACCAUCUCUGCGGUCAAUACAAACCAAUUAUUCGAACGAAAAGGCGGAGGUCUCAAGAAAGAAAUCGUUUCUGGAUUCAUUUGGAGGUACAAGCGACAGGAUCGAGUGAAUAAAAGCGUUGAGCCACACGGAAGCAGGAAAGGACUGCAUACACAACUGGGAAAGAGGGAGGUGUCAGUAAAUACUUACUUAGUUUUGUUAAUUUUGAACCACAUAUUGUUUUGUUGUUUUAAAGUCUCGUUGUUAUUAUCACGUAUUUGGACGACCACUCUCAAAACGGAAGCCAAUUUUGGAAUCAAGUGACAGUUCAAAACAAGAACAUUACAACUGCUCUUAAGAAGUUGCCCGACAGGCGACGUGAAAUUACAGUCGAUUUUGUCUACGGAGGAAAGUUUUGCUCAAAUCUUUUGGAUAUACUUAUACAUAACGUUUUGUUGAUCAAUUUGGUCACAUUUGGAAUAGCCCCCGUGAAAGAAAGUGAAAGAACGAGAAGGCAAAAUUGUUGCUGCGUAUUAGAACGCGUCUCUGGGUAGACAGAAUCAAAAUAGAAGAUUCACUUGUCAGAGCGUCAUAUUAGCAUGCCCUGACGUUCAGCUCUCCGGGAGACUUUAGAAUAUCUUUCAAGAAGAAACUGAACACGUUUAAACUUUUUGUGCCUGUUUAUACUCUUGCACAUCAGCACUUUGCUUUAUCGGAUUUGUUUUGGAUGCACGUGUCAAUUUCCUCCUCCCGCUCACGAUUUUUUUUUUAACCACCAGCUUUAGGUUGUUGUCACUGUUGUUUUUAGCUCACUUCCCCUCUCCGCCCACCCCCCCGACCUGCCAGAGCAGAAGGUCACCAGUUGACAUCUGCGGACUCGGCCAGUUCCGUUCAAGGGGAAGGGUAUAGCGGUGAAUUUGUCGGUAAGACAAAGACAGAACUCUUCUAUUGUGGAUGGUGUCUCUCUGAACUGUAUCUUUUGAAGUCUCUGGAUUAUAAUAAAAGGAUAGAAUCUGUAAAAAACGGACCGGAUGAGAAGGCUGUUCCUAACCUGCUCAUUUUAUCACUGAUUAGUUGGCUGUAGAAUACUUCAACGGGAUCUAAGGAGCCAAUGCUAUUUUUAGGGAGAGUGAUGGGGUAAAAUGUGGUAGUUUGAAACUGAGUCCCUCACCCCCACACCCACCACAUCCAGGUCUAUCUCUGGAUCUCCUGCUCUGAACUGAAAACAUAGUGGAGAUCCGGUGUCUACCCAGUUACAACUAAAAGCUACCUAGCCGGGUUAACCAAGCUCCUCUCCACGCCUUCAUACACUUACCAGCUACAUCUGCUUGGUCUGCGAGUCAACCCACCGUGGUCAACCCUGGAGCUACUUUUUGACUGGAACAGAAAUGGAAUGAAACGAAAGCACCAAGGAACAAUGCAUGAAACUGCCGCACUAAGGAAGCAAACUUGAGUAACCAAAUAUUUUCCUUCCCCAUGUACACACAGAGAAACAUAUAUCUUGAAUAGAAAUAUAUCUAUAAAGUAUAUUAAAUACAUAGUUUAAGUACAUAUAUUUUCACUUCUGAGAGUAAGCGUUGAUGCCUGAAACCCAAUUAAGCCUUAGAUAACCAUAGUAAUAAAGGAGAGCAAAGGAAACACGUGGAGUUUGAAACGGUGCCUUUUGAUUUCCUUGGUUCGUACUCCACCACUUCAGGAUUGAAUUGUUGACAGAGAGAAGAACUCUAUUUUUUUUCGUGGGAAACCCUGUUGUAAAACUGCCUUUCCGGUUCACACAUGAAGUUCUGUUGUUGGAUGUAUUCUGCUGGACCGCAGACUCAGUGAAGGUUGAUGUGGCUCAGUGCACUCCCCCACCACACAAGAGGUUUGGAAACUCCAACACCUGAACUUUAACUUUGUUUUCUGGGAUACAUAGUCCAAACCCCCCGGCAUUUCCGAUGGUGAUCACGUCGGCUGUGGAGGAGAAGCCACAGCCAUCAAACAGGAUGGUGGCUAACCUGCCGACUGAAACCUGGAUCAACAACCCGGAGCCGAACCGCUACCUGACACAACCACACCUGCUACGAAAGCCCAACAAAAGUGGAAGCAGCUCAGGAUGCAAGCCCCCCUCCUCCUCCCUCUGCCAGCCUGCCGCCCUGGGCUUCUCCCCCGCUGAGCCAACCAUGUCGAGCCAGCACUCACACCCCUCCUUCAGCAACAUCCACUCCAUGGCCGAGCAGCAGCAGGUGCUGUCUGAUAUGACCAUACUGCAGAGGAGGAUCCCCCCUAGUUUUCGAGACCCGGCCAGCGCUCCAUUGAGGAAGCUCUCUGUCGACCUCAUCAAGACUUACAAGCACAUCAAUGAGGUGUACUACACGAAGAAGAAGCGGCGCGCCCAGCAGGUUCCCCCGGAGGACUCGAGCACCAAGAAGGAGAGGAAGGUGUACAACGACGGCUACGAUGACGACAACUACGACUACAUCGUCAAGAACGGGGAGAAGUGGCUGGACCGCUACGAGAUCGACUCGCUCAUCGGCAAGGGCUCCUUUGGACAGGUGGUCAAGGCGUACGACCACCAUGAACAGGAGUGGGUGGCCAUCAAGAUCAUCAAGAACAAGAAGGCCUUCCUCAACCAGGCGCAGAUCGAACUACGACUACUGGAGCUCAUGAACAAGCACGACACAGAGAUGAAGUACUAUAUAGUUCACCUGAAGAGGCACUUCAUGUUCCGUAACCACCUGUGCCUGGUGUUUGAGCUCCUGUCCUACAACCUUUACGACCUCCUGAGGAACACCAACUUCCGGGGCGUGUCUCUCAACCUGACCAGGAAGUUCGCCCAGCAGCUGUGCACGGCGCUGCUGUUCCUGGCCACGCCCGAGCUCAGCAUCAUCCACUGUGACCUGAAGCCCGAGAACAUCCUGCUCUGCAACCCCAAACGCAGCGCCAUCAAGAUCGUCGACUUUGGCAGCUCAUGUCAGCUGGGACAGAGGAUCUACCAGUACAUCCAGAGCAGGUUCUACCGUUCCCCGGAGGUGCUGCUUGGGAUGCCCUACGACUUGGCCAUCGACAUGUGGUCCCUGGGCUGCAUCCUGGUGGAGAUGCAUACUGGGGAACCUCUCUUCAGUGGCUCCAAUGAGGUGGACCAGAUGAACAAGAUCGUGGAGGUUCUGGGGGUCCCUCCGAGCCACAUGCUGGACCAGGCCCCCAAGGCCAGGAAGUACUUUGACAAGCUCUCAGAUGGCCUGUGGACUGUCAAGAAGAACAAGGACAUUAAGAAGGUACUUUAUCCCUCGCCUGCAGAGUACAAGCCUCCGGCCACACGGCGUCUCCAUGAGAUUCUGGGGGUGGAGACAGGCGGUCCAGGGGGGCGGAGGGCGGGUGAGCCAGGCCACGCCCCCUGUGACUACCUGAAGUUCAAGGACCUGAUCCUGCGCAUGUUGGACUACGACCCCAAGACGCGCAUCACGCCGUUCUACGCCCUGCAGCACAACUUCUUCAAGAAGACCACGGACGAAGGCACCAACACCAGCAGCUCCACCUCCACCAGCCCUGCCAUGGACCACUCCCACUCCACCUCCACCACCUCUUCUGUCUCCAGCUCUGGUGGAUCCAGCGGUUCUUCCAAUGACAACCGGAACUACCGGUACAGUAACCGGUACUACAACAGUGCUGUUACUCACUCCGACUACGAGAUGCAGAGUCCACAGGCUCCGUCUCAGCAGCAGCUGCGUCUGUGGCCAGGUGGAGUAGGGGAGGGUGGAGGUCUGGGAGGAGGUGACCCCCCUUACCCCCAGCUGCUGCUCCACAAGCCCGCCGCCACGCAGCACCAGCGCCACUUCCUGGGCGGGGGAGGAGGAGGAGGGGGCGGGGGCAUGAAUGAACCGCACCACCCGCACCCCAUCUACGGCGGCGGUCACCACGGCAACGGGCGGGGCCUACGGCAGCAGCAGGGUGUGGCGCAGGUCGGCGGGGCGUCGCAGGCACCUGGCUCCUCCCCCCAGACGCAGGACAGCGUAGAGCUUAGCGUGCAUCACCACCACCUGGGCCCGUCUUCCCUGCUGGACUCCAGCCAGUACCUGGGCCUGUCUGCCUUUCGGACUAGGACGGUCCUGGCCCCCCAGGCCGGCCCGGCCACAGCCCCCCCCACCGCCUCUCAGGACAGCAUGGCUGCCUCCAGCCUGGGCUACAUCCCCCCCUGUUACCCCGGCAACAACAAUAACAACCCCCCAACGGCGCGGGGAGGGGGAGGGGGAGGGGGCCGGCCUGACUCUGACGAGUCGGCCAUGAUGGGCGUGUGUGGCAGUGGGGGGGGCAGCGGGCAGAACCCUGCCAACUCUUGAUAAAUGUUGAACAAAUUCCAAAAGCCAUACGAUUUUAACGACAACAACAUAACGAUUACAACAAGCAUACACGUCACACACACGUCACACAUAUUCGAGUUUAAAUCACACAGCCACACACACACACACACACAGAGUUACAGAGACAAACUUGUGAGAUAUCCGAGGGUUAGUUCUGUUUUGCAUGGGAGAAGGUCGAGGGAGGGAAGUGUGGGAUGGAUCUGACACAAUUUUUAACCUUUUUUUUUCACUGUUUUUUUUUUGUUUUUUUUUGUCGAAGGAAAGGAACAGAGUGAGCGUAGUUGGAAUCGAAAGUUUCAAGACAAGUUUGUUAUUAUUAUUAUUGUUAUUAUUCUAUUAUUUGAUUUCAUGUGAUUUGAGCAGAGGUUUGCAGCGAGAUUAGUGUUGUUGUGGAUUGAUGUUUGGAGAUGUUGAAGGUAGAUGUGGGGCUGGGAAAAAGAACGAUGAAUGCAAAGAAAAAAACCCUUACGCUAUUUUCUAAAAUAUUUUUUCUUUUUGAAUUUUGUUUGUUUUGAUUUCCUAAAGUCUAGGUUUAAUUGUAAAAUUUUAAUUUAUUAAAAAUCACUACAUGAGGAGGUAAGUGGGAGAUGAGAAGAGAGCUAAAUUGAGGAGUGGGUUAUUUUGUUCUGGAAUUAUUUAUUCAUUUUUUUUUCUUUUCAUUUUAUUUAUUCUGGUUUGUUUUUUUAUUUGCUGAGAGACAGAGAAGACACGCAACAACAAGUAAAAAAAAAAACUGAAAUUUCUUCGUUUGAUUUUUAGUUUCAGUAGAUCUCACCCCCCCAACACACGUGCAAGCGCACACACACACACACCAACACACAGACAUACUUUUGUUACAUUGUUUAUUUUUUAUGUUUCCAACCUUCUCUGGCUUGACACACUGGCUUCUAUAUCUGAAACUCUGAGAUGGAUCCUAGAGCUCAGCUCAGCUGAGGGCCAGAGCUGGGGAACACAGAGACCCUGGGGGCCGAGGCUGUGGAGCAGAGGGGGGGGGGACACACUCAACACCCACGAAAGGAGAACAACUCAACAUGUUUGCCAGAAGGAAAACCAAAAUGCUUCCCUGUUGUUUGUUUAAAUAGUCUGCCUUCUACUUCACCAUCUCUCACCAGACUCUUUCACCCUCCUCUUCCUCUUUUUCGCUCUUUCUCUUUUCUUACUCUCUUUUUGUUUUGGAACAGUAACCUAUGGAAACGUAACAGGACUUUUGGGUUGGAUGAAGUCUGGAUAUGCUAAGCCAAAUGUCACCCCCCCCCACACCCUCCCCCCUUUCUCUCUUUUACUCUAUCCGUCUGGCUCUGUUGCUCUCUGCUCCCCCCAGUGUUCUGUUGGAGGGAAGGAGGGAGGAGGGGAGGACAGAAGGGAGUAGAACACUAUUCUGAAGGGGAUGCUCCCAUGCCCCUCCCUCAACCCCCCAACGCCACCUUGACUGACUUCUCCUCCGUUUCUUUCUCUCCCCUGUCUUUUUUUCGACCCCCUUCUCUCCUUUCACCACACUCUGUGAGUGAACUACUACUCUCUCGGCUGCUACUCUCCACUCUCAACCAUGUUCGGAUUGCUGCUAAAGAAAAACAGACAGAUGAAUAAAUAAAUAAAUAAAAAUGAAUAAACUUUUUAACCCGUACUGCUUCAGAAAAAAAAGGAAAAAAUAAACCACUGCAUCUCAUGUAUUUAUUACUAUUUAACAAGAAAAAAAACUAGAAAAAAUGAACCUGUUUUCUGCUGUUUUUUUUUGUUUGGUUGCCUUCUUCCUAUAGGGGAGCUGGGCGCUGUCUGAUGAUGUAACAGAAACAGGAUUGGUGGCGGUGAACUUUGACCCCUGGUCAGACUGCUACUGGGGGUGGGGGGGUGGGGAGGGGGGGUUGAUGGGAGUUGGGUUCAGAAUAAAGUUGGAUAUAUAAGAAUAAAGAGUAUACUUUUGCACACCAAGGUCAAAUGCAAAUCACAGCUUUUUGCUUUUUUCCAUCUUUCAUCACACAGAGCAACACAAACACACACACACACACAGGAUCACCAAGUCAGGCAGACCAUAGGACUCAGAUGUCAGAUUAGGCACAGAGGGAACCCUGAAUCUGAGAUUUGCGUUUGACCUCCAGUUACAGAAUCUCCUUCUUUGUGCCUGAUUAGAGUUUAUGUUUAUGUAACUGUAGUGGUGUCCUGUCAUUAAAAAUGAGUUACACCUGUAUGAUCUGUA